CAGUCAAAGCCGUCACACGGGGGCGAGCAGCGCCGUAUUCGAACCUGGUGCCGGACCCUUUUUCAGUUUAUCAAUUUAUCGCAUUAUUUAUAAUUAAAACACUCGGUCUUUUAUGCUUCGCAAUUGCUCCCCUAAACACGAGGUGAGCGGUGGUUCAACGUCCACCCACGUACGUUCCGCAUACUCGAUCUGCGGAUAAUGUGUGCGCAACAACGCAUUUGAUACAUCGGUGGAUGUGAUUCCUGCACACGUUGAACUCUGCGUAUGCAGGCAGCAACGGCAGGAGAACAAGAGGCUCGCCCGAAAAGGGCGAUGACUUUCGCCGAAGGUCGCGACAGUUUGCAGUCACGUUGGUGGUUCGUGUCCGCAGUUGGACCCCUGCGGAAAAGGAGAACGGUCGAGAGCUAUAGACUCGAAAUAUAGAAUAUCCAGCAUCCGUUCCGCCCUCGGUGGGCCGUACGAGACCCAGAGGUAGGUGAUAAUCCGCGCGGUGUCUCAAUUACGAGGUGUGAAUCCGUUAUAUUCGAAUCUCCGUGUAAUCUCCGCACGAAAAUCCAAAGCAGGCGGCGAUAGCGAGCCCGGCGGAGCGACUCGUACUCGCCAUCAGAGGCCUCAGUCCGUAUCAAACCGUCUCCCAGUUCGCGCCUGCAGACUUUCGAUCUUCAAAGUGGUGCGUUCGAAAUUUCGCGUCAUUGUUCGCAAAUCGAAGCUACGCAGUUUCGUCGUUCGUGUCCUUCGCGAGUAAUGAUAUCAACGCUAUUUUCGUGAUUAUUUCCGACGAAGGUCGUCCGCAUGCAUUUCGACGACGAGUCCCGCAGAUUUUGAGCUCACGCCAUCGGUGCGCUCGGGGAUCGAAUUUUGCAGGGAUAUCCGCGCCCGGUUCUCUCCCAUCGGUUAUUCAAGGACGACGAUGCUAUCGGGGAUAUUUGAAUCCGCUGCUGCGUGUGCAUCGGUAAAUGAAGUGCGGCUAAUUCAGGAAUUGACAUUUGUGAGGUACGACGAUUCCGGUUGUGCUAAAUACCGUACCCUGCUUGUGAAUCGACGACGGUUACGAAACGUGAGUUUUAUAUUCGGCAAUGCCGUUCUCCGCAAAUCGAGUCCCUUGACUCUGGUCUCUGACUCAUUCUCCGCACAGCCGAUCAACGAUCGUAAAUACGCGCGCGGGUGUCGCGCUUAUGAAUUGUGAAAUAGAUAUGAGUAAACUAUCCACAAUUCACGCGUUAUUCUUACAUUCGUACUCGACCGUCCGUAAAUGAAGUGGAUACAAUCGUACUUCCUACGAUUCUCUUCGUUAGUUUUUAUCUGUGAUUUAUACUACAUGGACGUACGAUUAAUUUGACAGUGACCGAACGACAGUGCGGUGCAUAACUGUGAUUAUAUGGUGUCAUCUUAGUCGGCGCAUAUCCUGCAAAGAAUACAGCAAACGAUCCUCCAAGGAGCGAGAAACCGCCGCAGCAGCGAUCGCCAUGGCCUACGUAUUCUGGAGGGUUAUUAUGAAAAAGUACACGAAGGUGCGACUGGGAAUACGAAAUUUACCGGUGAAUCCGGCCGAACGUCAGGUACUGGACAAAGAUGACACCUGGACGCUGGCCUCGGAGAAUCAGGACCAAUCGUCGCAUUUGGAAAUCGCGAAUGAGGGUAAGUCAUGCGGGUCCAGUUUCGGAUCAUCCGAGGCGGAGAACUGCAGUAGGAAACCAGUUUCGGAAGCCCAGCAGCAAACUCCGUGGGAAUACGAACCGAACUUACCUCGCAGCCACGAAACACGAAAGAGCAAAACAAAACGGAUGAAAAAUUAUCUGAGAAAAAAGUGCAAGGACGCUCUUUCGAAGUCCGAGGAUGGCGGGGCGGAAAAGCGGCGGGAAAAAUGCACGUCCUGGUACGUCGACGAGAGGUACGACGACGAAGUCAAAGAGCAUCAUUCGGAUCUGGAGCCGGUAAGUUCUCAAAAAAUUUGUAAAAAAAAUUGCGAAUCUCGAACGCCGACGCGGUCCAGAGAUGAGACGAUCGGAGGGAGUCGCUCCUCGUUGUACGAGGACGCGCGGGACGUCGAAGUUUGCGAAUCUCGAGAGAAAAUUGUCGCCGUCGAGGCGUCAGCCUCGUCAUCGGAAACACUGGUCGUCGAUAUGGAUACCAAAUUGGACUCGAAGUGCGAAUCGAGCGACACUUUGGUAGCGGAGAUCGUCGAAGGUGUGCCCAAGUUUUCGUUGGAUUAUAAAAAUGGAUCUGAAGUUAAUAACUGCGACGUGCAGGACAAAAGUGAUUGUGACAAUCCAGUGGUCGGAGUCACCGAGGAUUCAAGGACUCCGCAAGGGAUGGAGGGAACUGUUUCCACGUCACCCGGCCUCCACGCUAAUUUCAUCGGGCACAACAAUCAGCUUCAGCCGCAUCAGGGACGGUCUGACGUCGCGACGCUCGUUAGAGGUCUUCUGGGCCCUCUUUAUGGGAACGGAGUGCUCGACCUACUGACGAGACAAGCUCGGGACAUCCUGGUCUGCGCCUAUCACGGGAAUCUCGAUGAAUUUCUAAAGUCCUUCUUGUCUCCGGCGGCCGACGUGCUCGCGGAAGCCAAGAGAAUCGCAUCCGAAAAUGGUAACGAGGCUGUGGUACCCAAGGGGUGGCCCCUGACUCUGGGCGGUGUCGGACUCGUCGUACACCUCGGUGAACUGGAAGCCUCGGCGAUACGCGUCGGGGAAUGCUACCUCUGCGUGAGGAAAUCAACGGGCGCGACCACGGAGCGUCGAUCUAGUCUCGAUCGGAAACCCGUCGAAAUAGCCCUGGUGUGGCGAUCGUCGAUGCGGGCCCCAGGGAUCCUCGGCUGGGACCGGGAGGACGAGUACAUGGACUGGAGAGAUUCCCAAAUACGGGAUUCGGCACCUACCGACGUCGUACUGGGUGCCCAGAGUCCGAAGAGUUGUACGCGUCGUCGUUCGCGCGAUGAGUUACGACAUCCGUUGAGCGUGGGUAAUCGGGAGCACGGCGGCGGUAGUUCCAGCGACGCCGAAAUAUCGUUCCGAAACGGCGUUUGUCGAAGCGAGUCACCGGUGGCUCGCGUCAGGCCGGACUCCGUCGAACGACUCGGUCGCGUCAACAACAAAAAUCCGUCCCAAUCGGGAUUGUCGAAAUCCCGUUCGACGUCCAGCGUCGAGUCGUGGAGCGACGACGCCAAAACGGAACAGCGACGUCGACGAGCUCGGAACGCGAGUCCCUCCAAAGACGGCGUCGACUCGCGUCCCGAAGCUUCGAGAAUCAAGAGAGGAACGAGCGUGUCCCCGAUGACCGUUGAAAAUUGGAAGGGCUGCAGUGCCAGGUGGGAAACGAAAGCUCGAUCUUUGGGUCUGCAGGAAUUGAAAACUCCCUCGGAUCUGGAGUCGGUGAUCGUCGAUUCCGAGAAAAAAGAUGCCCUCGCGAAUCGGCUCGGUGAUCUUCGUCCCGAAGCUGUUUGCGACGAAGAUUUACCCGGAUACAUCGGCACUUUCCUCGUGAGUGUCGAACGAGCCAUCGAGAGGGUCUCCCUCGACGAUCUGCCCUUCCCGUGCCCUUCCUGCAGACACGCCGAUAGCGACGAUAUUUUGCUGGGAUGCAAGUGCGCCGCGGAAGCUACGUGCGCCUGCAACCCGGAGGAUUGUCGAUGUCCGAGGAGCAGACCUGAGUCUUGUCACACCUUCGAAGUCGCUGGGAUCAAACACAUCGACAGCGAUGACGAGGAGGAAGUUCGUAUGGGGUUUGGUUCGAGAAAAAAAGGAGAGGACCUCACGCCGCCCAGGAGUAUAAACGAUAUUUCGGAGCACCUGCUUACAAGCUGCGGUCUCACGUUACCAGGGUACAAGGACUCAGCUGGAAGACCAGUUCUCGAGUACGACAGCACCGUUUCACCGACGGAGGCUCUUUCGCCGGUCGAAGUUGCCACUUUUAUUCUCUACCUCGCCCACCUGCCCAGCGCGGACGCGUCGGAUACUCAGUUUACCCUCCUCGUAACCGGCGGACCGUCCGAGGAGCUGGAUCUCCUUGACAACGCGUUAUGCCUUCUGCGGGGUACCUUGAGGAUCUCGCAGACUCUGGUUCUUCGGGAUUCCGCGACCGAGGCACCUGGCAGACCGCUGUUACCCCGCAGUCAAAUCAAGAUCAUCGUCGUCGACGAUACGACGAUCGGUAGAUUUAUUCCGAGGCGGGACGAAGCCCCCGAUCGUUCCGAUUGGAUCGCAUUUUUUAAGGAAUAUGACUCGGUCAUGUCCGAGUGGCAGGCCGCCGGUAGGAAACUCGCCCUCGCCAUGUCGGAGCUCAAGGAGUGUUCCACCGUCCACAGACCGCUGGUGCCGCUCAGCAGAUUGCUCACCGAUCCAACCGUGAAACGAACCCCGGCCCACGCGGACCAAGUGAUAGCGAACCUCGAGGAACGUGCGACGGGAAUCCGACACGUCGAACAAGUCAGAUUAUCACUCGAACGAGCCCGCAGACUUCUCAGCGAAGUUGGAAACGCCGCGCUCCGUUUGGAAACGGCCUGCCAAACCAGGAAAGCUACCAUCAGGAAUUUGACCGUCCUCAGGAACAUCGAGGAUCAGGCGCGAGAGGUUCUGUCUUGGCUCUGCAAAAAGGGUGAAGAGACUCUGUCGAGGCAUUCCCGACCCGCAGCUACCACCCUACCCGCCGCCAGAAUCCACGAACGUGACUUCGAGAAGUUUUACUUCACGUCAAUGAAACACUUGGACAAGGGUAGCGACCUAGCAGAGGCGGCGAACACCAGCGGUCUUCGCGAGUUGGCUCGUUCUCUGAAACAGCAUCUUCGUGGUUUCGGUUCGAGAUUAGAAGACACCCGAGAACGUCUCGAGGACACCUCGCGAUGUUUCCUCCUCCUGGACAGGGCUUACGAGUGGGCGUUGGAGGCGACCAGGGUGGUCGGGGAUCGCCGAGCCCAGCAAUUCCUCAUGGCGAAACCGCCGCUACCCCAGGAACAUUUCACCGAAAUGUUGGCCCUCGCCGAGAAAUUGGGCAACGAACCCCUCCUAGAGCAAUGUCGCGUUGCGAGGGGUCGGUGCGCCGAAGCUCUCGAACUCACGAGAUCCGCCUCCGCACCCGGUAGUCCUACUCGUCGACGAUCCUUCGCCGCUUCGGGGUCAGCCUCCUGCUGGGACGACACUCUGAACAAACGUACCUCGUGGGACGACAGCGACAGUGCGUCCUGCGCGUGUUCCGUCGAUGGGGCGGGAAGCGUGGCACCCGGUGCCGGAUCCAGCAACGGAGGUCGUCCCACCCUCGACAAUAUCGCCGAGCUGCGGGAAAGCGCCGAGCAGCUCCUCGACUCCUCUCCACCCAGGUCUCCACCUGCGAGUCCGGCGCCGCGACGCCUCGCAAAACCACCGGUCAAUUCGCACCUGCACAGGGCGCCCAGUAUCGCGCCUGGCAUGAAGGCCAAGAAGACAAUACUGCUCAUAAUGAGGGAGAUGAUACAGACUGAACGAGAUUAUGUGAAAUCACUCGAGUAUAUAAUAGAGAAUUACAUUCCGGAAUUGGUGAGGGAAGAUAUACCGCAGGCCCUCAGAGGGCAGAGAAACGUGAUCUUUGGCAACGUGGAAAAGAUAUACGAAUUUCACAGCCAACAUUUUCUCCGCGAAUUGGAACAGUGCGAACAGUGCCCGAUGUUCGUUGGCCAGUGUUUCGUACGACACGAAAAAAAAUUCUAUCUCUACGCCUUGUACAAUAAGAACAAACCGAACUCGGACUCUCUGAUGGCGGAAUAUGGCACCGCGUUUUUCAAAGCGAAGCAAUUGGAACUCGGAGAUAAAAUGGACCUGGCCAGUUACUUGCUUAAACCGGUACAGCGAAUGGGAAAAUACGCGCUGCUUUUGCAGCAGCUCGUCAAAGCUGGAACCGAUAAUACGGAUCAGACGACUAACAAGGACGAAAAGGAGAACAAGGAGGACAAAGAGGAGGACUCGAAGCCCCUGGUCGAAGGGGAGGCGGAUUUAAGAGCAGCUGAGCAAAUGGUCAGAUUCCAACUUCGACAUGGAAACGAUCUCCUCGCUAUGGAUUCGCUACGAGACUGUGACGUGAACGUCAAAGAGCAAGGGCGGUUACUGAGACAGAAUGAAUUUCUGGUUUGGCAGGGAAAAGGGAAAAAGUGCUUGAGGCAAGUUUUUCUCUUCGAAGAUCUCAUACUGUUCAGUAAGGCUAGAAGAUUUCCAGAUAGAAAGAAUCUGGACAUAUACAUUUACAAAAACAGCAUAAAAACGACCGACAUAGGACUGACGGCUGUCAUAGCCGAUUCGCCGACCAAGUUUGAAAUUUGGUUCCGAAAAAGGAAACCUGGCGAUACUUACACCCUGCAAUGCGCGAAUGAAGAUAUUAAAAAAGCCUGGACGGAAGAACUGAGCAAUCUUUUGUGGAAACAGGCGCUUCGAAACAGAGAAGUGCGCCUAGCGGAAAUGUCGAGUAUGGGAAUUGGAAACAAACCGUGUCUCGAUAUUCGGCCGAGCGCCGAUCAGAUCAACGACCGUUCCAUCAGCGUGGCUCAGCUCUCCAAAAGUAUUAUCAAUUUGAUCUCAUUUCGUUCCAACUCCCACGUCGCCGUUCUUUCGCCAUGGAUUAAAAUAUCGUUAAACGUUCACCCACAAGCAGCUCCGCGGUUUAGAAACUCCAUAGCGGUUUCAAUUUCUGAAGAUUCUGGUCGCUGUAGCCGAAGGCCGCACAGUGUGAUAUCCGUGAGCUCGUCUUCGAGCAGCGGCGGAAGCAGCGGUCCAGCGGCUACGCUGCAUCUCGGACUCGAUACAAGUCCGCGUCCGCACCACAGAAGUACCACUUUGAACAGUCAAUGCAGCGUCGAAAGUGGUAUUAUAGCCGAUAUCUCAAUUGUAUCCGACGACGGUGGCGAGGGAAGCGAUAGGAAUCACUGGAAUUCCUCACUCGAAAGUCCUACGACUCAUCUACCGACGACUUCGACUCCUCUUCAGUCUCCGACGAAUGCGAAUCCCGUACCAGUGACCAUGCCGUCUCCUUCCGAUGCUAAUCUCACACCUUACGACCAAGAUAUGUCCAUCAAUCUAUGAAAAAUAUCUGGUAAGAUUCAAUAGCAUUGUAAUGUUGUGACUACGAUGCGUUUGACAAGCAUUCAAAUUGCCAGUAUCGCGGAUCGAUCUACGUUCAAACAUAAUGAACGUUGGAAUUCAUUUUCACGAUGUGUUUAAUACGUAGAGUCAGUUUUAAUUUAAUAUCGCCAAUGAAUUUUGAAAUGAAUCCGUAUAGAUGGAACUCGGCUUCAUUUAGCCGUGUAUUUAUCGCAAAAAUUUGUCGAUCCAAUAUAUUUUGCGUAAUGUAUGUGGCAUCGAACUAACUUGAUAAUGAAAUUGUUGCCUUCGGUAAAAAAAUUCAUAGCAUCAGCGGGAUCGGUAGCACAUUGAAAUCACUGUAGAAGUCAUUCAAUCGAAAUAGAUUUUAUCAAUUGAAAUAUCGCGAACCAUCGCACUGACAAUAUUUCUCCAUUAGAAAUGGCAGAUAAUUCGAACGUCUUAUUCAAUUAUUGAUUUUCCUGAUCGAGAUUUCUGCUAUCGUUACAAUUAUUCGUGUGACCAGACCGAAAAUGCGAAAAAAUUAAAAAAUCAAAUACUAAGAGAAAUUCCGUUCUGUUUGGGAGGAUCAACGAUGCGCACACGUAAUACCACUUUGUAUUAUAUUGUAAUAUUGAAAUGUAUACACCGUAGCCAUAAUAACAAUAAUAGCAUUGAUAAUAAUAAUAACCAACACAACCAAUAGUUCGUAUUGAUUCCAGAUUAUAUAUUAUACGUAGAAUAUUAUAGUCUCCUUACGGCAAUUAUUUGUACAACCUUUUUAUCACCCUUGGCUAAUUUUAUUACCACUAACUCCGACCUGUUCACAGGAGCCAAAUUUAAUUAUUUUAUAAAUUUUUUAAUUUUAUAAGUAAUCGAGGAAAAUUUCUUAAUUAAAGGAAUGUGUGGUCGUUGGUUUUAGGGCAGCUUAACUGAAAAUUUGAAAAUUUUCAAGCUCAUCUCAAGACAGGCCACACAAUGUUUAAAAAUUUUAUUUAGUUAUUUGUUAUGUAGUGAGACAAUACUAGUUCGGACAAACAUUGAUUUCUUCAAAUAGAUCGGAAAUUGCGAAUUCAAUUUUACUUUUUGUCAAAGCUUAUCUCACAUCGCUUACCGUUACUAAAUAUGUUGUAUAGAUAAAUGAGAAGAAAAAAAAAAUUAUCUCCCUUGCAAAAUAAGUUGGACAAUCGCACAGAAAUGAUCACGCCUGUGAAAUCAAAUUGAAAUGAUAUUUUUGUAAUACGUGGUCUCCACUGUAUCGAAACAUGCGUUUGUCUGAACUAUUGAAUGUUGUAAGACAGCAAUUACAGGUUUCAUUUGGCUAUUUCCGUAUAUUGAAAGAAAUUACCGUAGUUAAUUCGUUUUUCGUUCAAAUGGUCUGCCAAGGUAUUGAAAUAUAUCUUAUGGAGAGUGACCGAAAUCGAGAUAUUAGUUUUAUACAUACGCCUCCGAAGUAUGGAAACUGCCUGAUAAGAAAAAGACUAUUCGGAAAAAAAACCCAGAGCCAUAUCUACGACUAGGCACCUUGAGUAUCCAUUGAAUAAACCAGAUUGACGUUUGAAUUAAUGUUAUUGAGAUAAAUCAAAACAAUUCCAAGUUCAGUUCAGAGGUGCCCUGGUGCGAUGAUAAGCUGAGUAAAUUCAGGAAAAGUGUAACUGGACCAAAUCUCAGGGCCAAUCUAUUUUUUGAAAUUUUCUGAUGGCCAAUCGGAAAUACUUCUGGACAAGUGAUGCUGGCAUAAAUACAUAACGUGGUACCUUGAUAAUACCAAUAGUCAUUUGACAUAAUGAUGAUGAUGAUGAUGAUCUACUCUUUAGGUAUUUAUUCGCAUUAUCUUAACUAAAUAAUUAUUGAUAUCUACCCUAUAAGAACAACCCUUAUAUCAUUAAUCAAAUGUACAUAUAAGAUCCUCUAAAAAAGAAUAUGAUUAUCUCAGUAUUGUACUGUGUCUAACACCGAUGUAUUUUAUUACUUGAUUAAAUAUAUUAUAUUGGG